GUUUCACAGCGGAGCUUCUGCACCGCACGGCUCAACCCGCACGGCGUACGACGCAUAGCUCUUGCCUCUUACCCGCCAGAGAGCUUGCACCACGUGCCAUAGCUUUCCGUCAACAUUUGCAGGACAUUGGUUGCACAACAUUGGCGGCACAACAUACCUUGCACAUCCACAGUGCAUCAACUAGCUGCGUGGGAGCAACACUGGCUCGGAAAUAUGCCUGUGUGUGAGUAGAUCGAUCAACCAGCGGGAGAGAGACAGAGAGAGGGAGAUGGAAAUUGGGCGAGAAAGACAGGGAGACAAAGAGACAGCCAAACAGAGACAGAUCCUGAGGGGGAUCGUCCACUUUGAGGCGUGGGGGCUCUGCGGGUGGGCACUGGACAGCGGCAGCACGAUCACCGACACCCUUUUCUCUCGCAGCUCCGGCCAUGGCCGCGCUAGACAUACUGCUGGGCGCCAUCAGCAACCGCCUGGUGACGAGGCAAGGCAAAGCACGGGCCGCCUCCCGACACUGCCUGGACAAAAGCAGACAUCCAACCCGAACGCUUCGACGAAUGAAAACCAAACCGACGACGAUGUGUAAAUUGACGGCCGUCCACCAACCGCGGGAAACAUCGUGCUGGCUCCGCUUUGCCUUCCCGCGGCUCGAAGGACUCUAGACAGCUCUUGCGCUGCUCCCAGUGGCGGCUGGGUGUCUCUGGAAACAGGGGGAGGGUAGGGAGAGAAAGAGGGAUAUAUAUAUAGAGGAGGAGGAGGAGGAGGAGGCGGAGGAGGAGGAGGCGGAGGAGGAGGAGGAGGGGAUCACGGGCACCAUCGCGGGGCGGCGCUGGAACGGUCUGAUGAGCAGAGCCCCCCAAGAACAGCGAGCCGCGCUCGCCUCCGCCCAUUACGGAUAUGGGAGGACGUUCGCCAAAGUCCUGUUAAAUUCCUCCUGCUCCACGAAUGUUUUGCGCCCUUCCGUGGCGUCGUCCUUCUAUUUCUGCGGAAUGCACGCCCAGUCGAUCCAGACGUGGGUGAUGUCCGGGCUCUCGCGCAGAAUCGUAUUCAGUUUCUUCAGCUUGGUGCAGUCCGGGUCAAUGUGCCAAUGCCUGACCCAGCGAUGGCUGACUGCAGCCUUUGUCCUCGCCGCUCCAGACAGGACGUCUGCCUCGGUCAUGAAGAUGCGCACCAACUUGCCCUGAUCCCUCAGGGUCUGGUGGCGGGGCAUUGGCCUGUCCUCAGGCAGUGCCAGGAACUCCUCGCGGCUCAUGAACCAGAAGUGGAAGCCCUGUGCUGCGUCUGUCUGCGCUGCCCAUAAACGGGGCGGCGGGGCGGAGAGUCGCGAUACGUCUUCGGUGGGGUAGUGUUACGCAGUUUGUUCUGCAUGGCCAAGCGUUACCAUGCAUGCGUAUGCUA